AUGCUUUGUGACAAGCAUUCCUAUCUUUUUUGCAUGGGUGGGAGGUGGGAGGUCCCAGGUGGGAGGUCCAAGGUGGGAGGUCCCGAGGUGGGAGGCCUUCCUAUCUUUUUUGCAUGGGUGGGAGGUCCCGAGGUGGGAGGUCCGAGGUGGGAGGUCCGAGGUGGGAGGUCCGAGGUGGGAGGAGUCACGGAGACGGAGCCGGAGCCGGUGGCGAUGGCUUUGUUCCGCGCGUGGAUGUAUGCUGUGCCACUGGCCCUUUUGCUUCGCUUCACCUGCGCUGGCGAGGAUAGGCCCGAGGAUCGGCCUGAGCCUCGGGAGCCGGAGGAUCGGCCAGCUGAGGCGACGGGACCAGCUGCGGGACCAGCUGAGGCGACGGUCCUCGAGGCCAACAUUGGAGAGGCUCUGACUGUGGUGGACCCCGAGGCCAACCCUGGAGAAGCAGCUCUGACUGUGGUCGAUUCGACCGACCAUGCACAGCUCGCGACCGAGGAGGAGGUGGGCGAGAUCAUCGUGCAGAUCCACUCCUUGCACCUCGAGGACAUGGUGAACGAGCGCCUAAAGCGUGAGACCAUGGUUCACGUGAGCUGGCGCAACGUCGUCUACGUGGUGACCCAGGGCCAAAUACACUCUUUUUAUGCGCAGAAGAAGGAGGCCGGCAAAGAGAAGAACAAGGAACAGGCUGGGGGAGGUGCCAGCUCGGAUUCUGAAGCCUCCUCCUCUUCUUCGAGCAAAAAGGCUGAGCGGCUGCAGGAGAUGGCUGAUCGGAACCGGGAGGAGGAGCUUCGCGAGGUGGAGGAUGAAAGGGCCAGGCGUGCGACCUCUGCUGAGCGGGAGGCGGAGGAGUGGGCAGAGGAGCAGGCGCGAGACGCACGACGGGCAGCGGCUCGCCGGCGCAUCCUGGAUGAAGAAGCCAAAAGAAGGGAAACCGCUGCUGCAGCCACCGCUGCGAAGGAGGCUGCGGAUGAGCUGGCUUUCAGAGCCCGGGUUCAGACCGCGGUCCAGGAGCACUUGUCCCAGUCUCUGCAAGAGGAGCGCCAGUUGCCGGUCCUGACCCAGCUUGUUCUUCAGCAACAGCAGAUGCUGCGGCAGCAACAGCAGCUUCAGCAGCAGCAGCAACAGCAGCUAAAGGAGCUGCAGGGUUUCUGCAACCAGCUCCUCCAGCUGGGCGCGCGCCAGGAAGACGCGCGGAACCGCCACUUCCACCUGAUCAUGAACCGGUUCUUGGAGACCGUGACCGUGCAGCUGGGCCAGUCUAUGAAGCCAGCUACGACGCCAGGUGGGACCAAGACCCCGACGAGAACCACACCGACCACUCCCAGGCUACCACGUUGCCAGAUCUGCGACGCGUGCAAGCACGUGGCGAAGAACCCGCGGUCGAGGUUGCACUGCGAGCGCUGGCGGGGGUCCACUUUGGCAGAGGUCCGCCAGAAGGGCGGGGAGAAGGUGGAGGAGCCGGAGGCUGCGGAGGCUUCUGAUCUGGAGGAGAAGGACGAGGACGAGGCCUCGCAGUCACCCGACUUUGGCGUCGACCCCUUCGCCGCGGCGGCGGCUGGGGAGGCUGCUGCGGAGGAGAAGAACGAGAAGAAGGACAAGAAGGGCAAGAAGGACAAGAAGGACCAGAAGGAGAAGAAGGGCCGCGAAGCUCCCCAGCGAGACGCCGAGCGGUUUUCGCCGCAUGAGGCGGCGCCGUGGUGGUGGCGCCUUGGUGGCGCUGUGGUGGCGCCUUGGUGGCGCCUUGGUGGCGGCGCUGUGGUGGCGCCGUGGUGGUGGCGCUGUGGUGGCGCUGUGGUGCCUUUGGUGGCGCCGUGGUGGCGCUGUGGUGGCGCCGUGGUGGCGCUGUGGUGCCUUUGGUGGCGCUGUUGUGGCGCUGUGGUGCCUUUGGUGGCGCUGUGGUGGCGCCUUGGUGGCCCCGUGGUGGCGCUGUGGUGGCGCCGUGGUGGCGCUGUGGCGCUGUGGUGCCUUUGGUGGCGCUGGCGGCGCCUGUGGUGGCGCCUUGGUGGCGUGACACGCGUAGGCGGAAACCCGGGGACCACGCCCCGUCGCGGGUUUAAAGGGAUUAUUUAA